AUGUGGAGCCUCAAUAACCUUAAUGGCGACUUCGCCGCCGACUCUGUUGAGAUCCGUGAGGUAUGGGACUCUAACCUGGAGGAGGAACUUUUUCUCAUCCGCUCUAUUGUCGCCGACCAUCCCUUCGUCUCCAUUGACACCGAGUUCCCUGGCGUUGCAGUUAUCCCCGUCGUCAAUUCUCCGACUUCAGUAACCGAAUUCAAUUACCAGACUCUCCAACUCAACGUCAACAUUCUCAAACUCGUCCAACUCGGCCUCACCUUCUUUGACUCUUCAGGCCACCUACCUCUCUUAGGCUCUCCCCCUCACCCUUGCAUUUGGCAGUUCAAUUUCCGCGAGUUCAACGCAGUAGGCGACAUCUGCAACCGCAACUCGAUCGAGCUUCUCCGUCGCAGCGGCAUGGACUUAGAAAAGAAUCACCGCCUCGGCGUCACCGCCAAUCGCUUUUCCGAACUCAUCAUCUCUUCAGGCAUCGUGCAGAAUGAUUCCGUUCAAUGGAUCACUUUCCAUAGUUGCUUCGACUUAGGAUUUCUUCUCAAAACAUUAACUUGCUGCAAUCUACCGGACUAUCAUGCAGAUUUCUACCGCUCUCUGCGGUUGUAUUUUCCUAAAUUCUAUGACAUCAAGCAUUUGAUGAAGUUCUGUAACAACCUCCAUGGCGGGCUCAACAAGGUCGCAGAGGAUCUUGGGGUGAAUAGAGUCGGAACCUGCCACCAGUCUGGAUCAGAUAGUUUGCUCACUGCUGCCGUCUUCUGGAAGUUGAAAGAUCGUUUUUUUCAUGGAUCAGUCGACAGAUACGCUGGAGUUUUAUAUGGCCUUAGGCGUGAUUGA